AUGGCUGAGACACGAUCAACUACCGCUGCGACUCAAGAGGCUCUGGCUUCAUUAAGAACUGCAAGUGAUCAUCAUGGUAAAGAAAUUCAAGAAAUGCGUACUAUCCAAGAAGUGCAUACACGCACUAUGAACGAAAUGAAUCAACAACUCGCAAUUCUGGUACAGAGGCGUAAUGGCUCUGAUCAAGGAGGAUUGCCUCAGUCUCCAACAUAUGGUGAACCUAGGAAUGUGAAUUCAUCAACAAUGGUGAUGACUCGUUCUAUGAGAUUGGAAUUUCCAAGGUUCUUUGGAGAAGAUCCUGCAGGUUGGGUCUACAGGGCCAACCAAUAUUUCAAGUAUUACAAUACACCAGUUGCAGAGAAGGUGAUGUUAGCUUCGUUUCAUAUGGAAGGUGAGGCUCUAGUCUGGUUUCAAGAUAGUGAAGAAGUAGGUCUCAUCGUUGAUUGGGAGUCAUUGGUUCAAGCAUUGCAUAUCAGAUUUGGUGCUACAGCUUAUGAUGAUCCUAUGGAAACGCUUACUAGGCUGAGACAAACUGCCUCAGUGUCAUUGUAUAAAGCCCAAUUUGAGGUGUUAUCCAACAGGAUUAAGGGAUUAUCUGCUGCUCACAAGUUAAGCUGUUUUUUAAGUGGGUUAAGAGAUGAGAUAAGGCUUCCGGUAAGAAUGCUUAGUCCUAAAUCUCUGAAUGAGGCUUUUGGAUUGGCAAAGAUUCAGGAAGAAUAUAAUUGGAGUUGCAGGAAGUUUUCCAGAUUUCAUGGAGAUCAAGGGAAGCCUUCUAUUUUGGGAGCUCCUCCAAAAGCUCCUGCUCUGUUGGAGCCAAAGCCAAGGCUACCUAUUAAGAGGAUUUCGCCUGCUCAAAUGGAAGAAAGGAAGAAGAAAGGGUUGUGUUAUAAUUGUGAUGAAAAAUGGACCCCUGGCCACAAGUGCAAGAGUGCUACGUUAUUUCUGUUAGAUCAUGUAGAACUGACUCAGGAGAAUGCAAAUUCUGUGGUGCACCUGACUGAAUUGGAGGAAAAUGGAUGUAAAGAUCAGAGUGGACAGGCUUGGCAAGAUCAAGAAGAUGCAGAGAUUACUCUAUAUGCAUUGAGUGGCACUCCUACUUCAGGUACGAUGAGAGUCAUGGGAAAGAUUAAUCAAAGGUCUUUUGUGACUCUAAUUGAUUCAGGGAGCACUCACAAUUUUAUUGAUGCUGUGCUGGUUUCACAAUUACAUAUCCCUGUAGACACUUCUCACAUUCUGGAAGUAAAGGUUGCUAAUGGGGAUGUUAUUAAAACUCAGGGGGUUUGUAAGGCAGUGCCUAUCUUAAUGCAAGGGGUGGAAUUUGUAGUACACUUACACGUGCUACCAAUGGGGGGAUGUGACUUAGUUUUGGGCACUCACUGGUUGGGAACCUUGGGAGUAAUUCAGUGGGAUUUUAAGUUGCUCAUAAUGAGUUUUACUUAUGGUUACAAGCAAAUCCAAUUACAGGGAUUGAAGAGUGCUACUGAUUCUCAAUUGCAAGAGGGUGAUGACUUCUUGAAACAAUCUGUGAAGAAGGGGCUGAUUCUCCAGAUUUCAGUCCAGUUGCAACCUAAACUGAUGUCUGCAGAAGGUCAAAUUCCUGAAGCUAUUGCAGCCUUGUUGCUGGAUUAUAAGACUGUUUUUGCUACUCCAGAAGGGCUGCCUCCCUUAAGGGAUCAUGAGCAUCAUAUCACUUUGAAGGAAGGGACUCAAGCUGUAUCUCAGAGGCCUUACAGGUAUCCUUACUAUCAAAAAAAUGAAAUUGAGAACAUUGUUAAGGAGUUGUUGUCUGUGGGGUUUAUUAGAAAUAGUAGCAGUCCAUUUGCUUUACCUGUCCUUUUAGUUAGGAAGGCUGAUGGCUCUUGGAGGAUGUGUAUUGAUUAUAGAGCCUUGAAUCAAGAAACUAUUAAGGAUAAGUAUCCCAUACCUGUUAUUGAUGAACUGCUAGAUGAACUGUAA